AUGUCACCUCGACGAGCUAUACCAACACAAGCCUUCGGGCUGACUCUACUGAGUCUUCUAUUGCUCUUCCUCGGCCCCGCAGAAGCACGAUCACUCCAUCCUCGACAGAACACGUCUACCACGACCAGAGAGCGCGUCAGCAUCAACAAGGGCUGGCGCUUCUGGCGCUCCGAGUUCAACCCGGACGGCCUGAUCUACGACCACCGCCCGGACCUCGAGAACCUGACCGACGUGUACGUGUUGAAGCCCUGGAUCCUGCCCUCGGCCAACGACUUCAUCAACGACCCGGCGCAGCACCAUGAGCGUCCCGACGCCGAGCCGGCCCGCAACGUGUCGUACGCCGCCAAGGGCUUCGACGACGGCGCGUGGGAGAUGGUGAACCUGCCGCACGACUGGGCCAUUGCAGGCCCGUUCUACACGGAGGAAGACCCCAUCAUCGGCGGCGGCAUGGGCCGGCUACCCGUGCAUGGCGUGGGAUGGUACCGCCGCUCGUUGGCUUUCAACCCAGCAGACGAGGGCAAGUCCGUGUUUCUCGACGUCGACGGCGCCAUGUCGUACGCCAUGAUUUGGCUCAACGGCUACCUAGUCGGCGGCUGGCCGUACCCGUACAACUCGUUCCGGCUGGACCUGACGCCGCACCUGAAGCCAGGCGAGGAUAAUAUCCUGGCCAUCCGCCUCGACAACCCGCCGGACUCGGCGCGUUGGUACCCGGGCGGAGGUAUCUACCGCAACGUCUGGCUGACCAAGGUCAACCCGGUCCACGUCGGGCAGUGGGGCACGUACAUCGUCUCGAAAGACGUCUCUGCCGAGUCGGCCACCUUGGACUUGGUCGUCGAGGUUGAGAACAGCGGGGAGGCGGACGAGGAGGUCCAAGUGGCCACCGACGUCCACGUCCUCGACGCUUCGACCGGCCAACCCGGAGACAAGGUUGCCGAGUUCCCCCGAUCAACCAUCUCCGUCUCGGCCGGCGGCGGCAAAGAGCAGGUCACGGGCUCGACCUCCAUCGUCUCCCCGCUACUCUGGGGCCCGCCGCCCUCGCAGACGCCGCAUCGAUACGUCGCCGUGACGACCAUCACGGCGGGCGGCAGGACGGUCGACAGCUACGAGACGCGGUUCGGCAUCCGGUCCAUCACGUACGACGCCAACCGCGGCAUCCUCGUCAACGGCGAGUACGUCCGGCUCCAGGGCGUCAACCAGCACCAUGACCUCGGGGCCCUCGGCGCGGCCUUCAACACGCGCGCCGCGGAGCGGCAGCUCGACGUGCUCGCGGAGCUCGGCUGCAACGCGAUCCGGAUGGCGCAUAACCCGCCGGCGCCGGAGCUGCUCGAGCUGACGGACGGCAAGGGGAUCCUCGUGGUGGACGAGAUCUUCGACUCGUGGUACCGCAACAAGACGGACAACGACUUCCACCUCAUCUUCGCCGACUGGCGCGAGCCGGACCUCCGGGCCGUGAUGCGCCGGGACCGGAACCACCCGUCGGUCAUUAUGUGGAGCUUCGGCAACGAGGUCUCGGAGCAGCAGAUCGGCGACCCGGGCACCGUCCCCGCGCGGGAGCUGCACGGCAUCGUCGGCGACGAGGACCCGUCGCGGCCGUCGACGGCGUCGAUGAACUUCGCCAAGCCGAACAUGUCGUUCCCGACGGCCAUGGACGUCAUCAGCCUCAACUACCAGGGCGAGGGCAUCCGCGACACGCCCAACUACUCCUUUCUCCCCGGCGUCCGCACGCACCCGCUCUACGCUGACUACCAUGCCGCGUUCCCGGACAAGGUCAUCCUCGGCAGCGAGACGGCGUCGACGCUGAGCACGCGCGGCACGUACAUCUUCCCCGUGGCCGACUCCUCUGGCGCCCCCGUCAACGACACGUCCGGCGGCAACUCGACGACGCGACAGGUCAGCGCGUACGAGGUGUACUCGGCCAACUUCGGGUCGUCGCCGGACAAGGUGUUCGCGGCGCAGGACGCGCACCCCUUUGUCGCGGGCGAGUUCGUCUGGACGGGCUGGGACUACGUCGGCGAGCCGACGCCGUACUACGGCGCGCGCAGCUCGUACUCGGGCAUCGUCGACCUCGCGGGCUUCAAGAAGGACCGCUUCUUCCUGUACCAGGCGCGCUGGCGGCCCGACCUCCGGUUCGUCCACGUGCUGCCGCACUGGAACUGGCCGGACCGCGUCGGCGAGACGACCCCCGUGCACGCAUUCACGUCGGCGGACGAGGCGGAGCUCUUUGUCAACGGGGUCUCGCUGGGCCGCAAGACGAGAGCCGCGGGGGAGUACCGUUUCCGGUGGGACGAGGUCCGGUACGCGCCGGGCGAGGUGAGGGUCGCGACGUAUAAGGACGGCGCCGCGUGGGCGGAGGAGACGGUGCGGACGGUCGGCGAGGCGGCGGAGCUGCGGGCGUCGGCGGACCGGACGGCCAUCCGGGCCGACGGCCUGGACCUGGCGUUCGUCACGGUCGAGGUGCGGGACGCGGCGGGGGACCUGGUCCGGUUCGCGGACGACGCCGUCACGUUCUCGGUCAGCGGCCCUGGGCAGAUCGUGGCGACGGACAACGGCGACCCGGCGGACCUGGUUGCGUUCCCGUCGUUGGAGCGGCGGGCGUUCAGCGGGCUCGUGUUGGCGAUUGUGCGUUCCGAGGAGGGCGUCGCCGGGGAGAUCCGGGUGACGGCGUCCGGGGAGGGCCUAAAGAGCGCCGAGGUUGUCAUCACGACGCACCUAUCUUGCUGA